AGACGUGUUGGGAAACUGCCGCAAGUUGGAAUCUGCCGGGCCGUCGAGAAGACCGCCCUGCCGCUCAUAACGGAUCACAUCUGCUAAUUAUUUGUUCUGACAUUAAGGCUGCCCGUCGAGUGGUCCCACGAGGCGCUACUGCGCAUGCGCGGGUCGGGGCCACCAAAUACACUGGCGUUAUUCUACAGUGGGGCAUUUCCACAAGGUGUGUUGUGUACUGCAGGUCUAAGAGUUGACAGCUGGUUCCAUGGAAAGACAGGUGGUGGAGCGGGCCAAGGAGGCCUUCCUCAGCGGUAGGACACAACCUCUGGAGUUCCGGCUGCAGCAGCUCGAAGCCCUCCUAAGGAUGAUCACAGAACGGCACACUGAGAUUGCCACCGCCCUCAAACAGGACAUCAACAGGAGCCAGUACGACACACCCCUGUUGGAGCUGAUUGGCCUUGAGAACGAGCUCAACCUGGCAAUCAGCAAACUGGCCGAAUGGACCGCGCCACGCCCGGUAGAGAAAAACCUCCUCACCAUAGCAGAUGAGGUGUAUGUCCAACCGCAACCUCUGGGGGUGGUGCUCAUCAUAGGGGCCUGGAACUACCCCUGGGCAGUCACUCUCACACCUCUGGUUGGGGCUAUUGCUGCUGGCAACGCAGCUGUGGUGAAGCCGUCAGGGACCAGCGAGUACUCGUCCCUCCUCCUCCGGGCUCUGCUGCCUCGCUAUCUGGACCAGGAUCUCUAUCCAGUGGUAACAGGAGGAAUACCAGAGACACAGGAGCUGUUGAGGCAGCAAUUUGACCACAUCUUCUACACGGGGAACAGCGCAGUGGGCAGACUGGUGAUGGAGGCCGCCUCUCGCAACCUCACCCCCGUUACUCUGGAGCUGGGUGGGAAGAGCCCCUGUUACAUCGACAAGAACUGUAACCUCAGAGUCGCCUGCCGUCGCAUCACGUGGGGAAAGUUUGUCAACUGUGGUCAGACGUGUAUCGCCCCGGACUACAUCCUGUGUGAACCCAGCAUCCAAAACCGCGUGGUUGAGGGAAUCCGACAAACCCUGCUGGAGUUUUAUGGUGCUGAUCCAAAAUGCUCAGCAGAUUAUGGCCGCAUCAUCAACCGACACCACUUCAACCGAGUGAUGAACCUAAUGGAGGGCUACACGGCUGUGCUUGGUGGGCAGAGUGACGCAUCCCAGUGCUACAUAGCGCCCACGGUGCUGAAAGAUGUGCCCCCCCACUCCAGGCUGAUGCAGGAGGAGAUUUUUGGUCCCUUGUUGCCCAUAGUGACAGUGAGUGACAUGGAUGAUGCAAUCCGCUUCAUCAACGAGCGGGAAAAGCCUCUGGCCCUCUACGUCUUCUGCUCUGACAAGAAGGCAAUAAAAAAAUUUCUGGAUGAGACUUCCAGUGGAGGGGUGACGGUCAACGAUGUCAUGAUGCAUUACACUCUCAGCUCGCUUCCAUUCGGUGGCAUCGGUAAGAGCGGCAUGGGGCGCUACCACGGCAAGCACACCUUUGACCAGCUGAGCCACCAUCGAGCAUGUCUGGUCAGGUCUUUGGGCAUGGAGAGCAUCAACUUGGCCCGGUACCCGCCUCAGGACGCCCAGCGAGCACGCAGGGUCCGACUGGCCAUGAAGUCUCCGCUGAUCGACUUCUCCAAGAGAACCUUCGUCUGGGCAGUUUCUGCCUCCGUUAUUGCGUUUGGCCUCUUCAUAGCUCUGUUGGUAAUUCUCCUCAUAGCUGCCGGGCUUAACUGUACCUGUUGGUACUGGCAGGGGUUUUACUACUAGACGUGGACGUCACACUGCACACACACUGCACACCCACUUGCCUUUGUACAAAGAUUUCAAACAAAAAUGGUGCCGACAACAAUGUUGUCCACCUGUUGAACUUUGAAGAUGUUUGGCACCACACUGCACUGUGUGUCACAUUCUCAAAUCAGUGGUUCCCAGUCUGAAGUCGGGGUCCCCGUUGGGGGCGCCAAAGAUCUCACCAAAGACCUUGUCUGUUCUGAGGUGUCAAAUUUAUUUAUACAACGACAAAGUCAUGAUAACUCACUCACAAAACCUUUUAUGAAGCCAUCUUUAAAUGAAUCCAUUUCAAAAGAUGCAUUUAUAGGGCAUCCGGGUAGCGUAGCGGUCUGUUCCGUUGCCUACCAACACGGGGAUCGGUGGUUCGAAUCCCCGUGUUGCCUCCGGCUUGGUCAGGCAUCCCUACAGGCACAAUUGGCCGUGUCUGCGGGUGGGAAGCCGGAUGUGGUUAUGUGUCCUGGUUGCUGCACUAGCGCCUCCUCUGGUCGGUCAGGGCGUCUGUUCGGGGGGG